GUUCUCUUCUUAGUUUCAUUCUCUUCACUUCACAUUUGUCUCUUUCAUGGGAGGGCUCAGAAAGACUGCGCAGUAACCGGGAAAGUGCAUUUUUAUUAUAAGAAGCCAUUUACAAUACGCGAAAGCUACAUUUUACCGGCACCUUGUAGAAAAGCUGUACUAUUAAUAAACUCGUCUAAUCCGAGUUCGUUUUAGCGGGAAUUUAUUUCUGUUUUAUUUUUAAUUUCAAUAACUAUAUAAUACAGCGAGAUGACAACUCAGCCAAAAAGAGUUUGCACGAGCCCUCUUAAUAAUGCGCGUUCUGAGAAACGCGUCAAAAAAAUCGCCAUAGAGGGAAAUAUUGCUGCUGGCAAGUCCACGUUUGUGCGAUUGCUGGAGAAACUUAAUGAGGAAUGGGAAGUUGUUCCAGAACCGAUAGCAAAGUGGUGCAACGUUCAAUCUGAUCAUGAUGAAUUUGAGGAACUGACAACAUCGCAAAAGAGUGGCGGAAAUCUUCUCCAGAUGAUGUAUGAGAAACCAGAGCGAUGGGCCUUUACAUUCCAGACCUACGCCUGUAUGAGCAGAGUGCGCGCUCAACUCAAGUCACUAAAUGGAAAACUGCAAGAGGCUGAAAACCCAGUCCAGUUUUUUGAGAGAUCAGUUUACAGUGAUAGAUACAUAUUUGCCUCCAAUUUAUAUGAAUCAGACUCCAUGAAUGAAACUGAAUGGGCUGUAUACGAGGACUGGCACGGAUGGCUACACAGUCAGUUUGGCAAUAACAUUAAACUAGAUGGGAUUAUUUAUCUCAGAGCAUCUCCUGAGAAAUGCAUGGAGAGACUUUACACACGAGGCAGAGAGGAAGAACAAGACAUUCCCCUGGAGUACCUGGAAAAGCUCCAUUUCAAACAUGAGAGUUGGCUUCAACAUAAAACAAUGCGCAUGGAAUAUGAGUACUUGAAUGACAUUCCAAUACUGACUUUGGAUGCAAAUGAAGACUUUAAAGGAGACAAGAUCAAAUGUGCUGAUAUGAUUGAAAAGGUGAAUGAGUUCCUGAGCACUUUAUAACUGGCAGAGAUAAACAGGUACAGCUCGAAUGGAUUGGAUUUACCAAUUGAAGGAAUUAGUAUACGCAAGCUAUAAAUGUUUACUGGUCAGAAAUAAUAUAAAAAAUGUUUUAAUGACAAUGUAACUUUCAGUCAACUUAAGAACUAGUGCCUUUUAUUAUUAUGUAAUCCACUGAAAUUCGGAAUAACUACAGAAGCCAUUUUAGUUUUUUCUAGUUUAUAUAUUUUUUUAAACAUAUUUAAAAAUGUGAAGGGGCUCCCGAGUGGCGCAUCCAGUAAAGGUGCUCUGCGUGGUGCAGGAUGCGCCCUAUAGCCUGGAGAUCGCAGGUUCAAAUCCAGGCUAUGUCAUUCCCGACUGUGACCAGGGGUUCCUGGGGGGCGGCAGCCAAUUGGCCCAGCGUCGCCCGGGUAGGGAGGGCUUAGGUCGGCAGGGCAAUCCACGGUUCACCGUGCACCAGCGCCCCCGGUGGUUGGUAGGGUGCCUGCGGGUCUGCAGUGGAGCCAUUCAGAUCUGUGUUGUCCUCCGGCACUAUAGGUCUGGUGGCUUCGCUGUGGAUCCGCAGUGUGAAAAAUGACGGAUUGGCAGGAACACGUUUCGGAGGAUGUGCGUUUCAGUCUCUGUUUCCCGAGUCGCCGGGGGGUUGCAGCAGUGAACUGGGAUAAAAAUAAUAAUUGGGCAUUCCAAAUUUGGGAGAAAACCAGGGUAAAAAAACCAUUGGUGAUGACUAAAAUAAAAAAAAGGGUCAUUAAAAUUAUGUUUUGUUUUUUGAGCAUCCCUGUAUAUAUAUAUAUGUUUCAUUGAAAAUGUUUUAAAUUGUUAUCCAUUGCUUUAUAUGGGGAUAAUGGCAUCCUCAUAUGAGGUUAUAUAUCCCCCAUAUAAAGACUAGAAGAUUACAAAUGUUUUAAUGACAAUGUAACUUUCAAUCAACUUAGGAAUUAGUGCCUUUUAUUAUUACAUAAUCCACUGAAAGUUUGAAUAACUGCAUCAGCAAUGAUAUAUUUUUCUAGUUCAUAUAUUUAAAAUAAUUUAUUUAAAAAUGUAAAGGAAAAUCCAAGUUAUGUUUUGCUUUUUGUUUUAGCAUUCCUGUAUAUUGUGAGCAAGUUUCAUGAUUGUAAUUAUGUUGUCCUACAUUUACAGGACAACAAAAGAUUACACAAUAAAAAAAACAACUCUCUUGUA